AACAUCCGCCAUCUUGAAUUUUCUCCCCAUGUCAUAGGGAACUCGGCGGACGUAACAGCUGUGAGUGCGUCUCACUGCUUAUCCCUAACUCUUUUUUUAAACAUUAAAUAGUUCGGACACAAACGCACAUUUAUUCAACAAAAUAAAAAUAAAACAAUAUUCCGCAAGCACCGUUUUAGGAAGUGUGUAAAAACAAAAUAUUUUAUAAAGUGAGGAGAGUGGGACGAGGCGGGAAAUCAAUAAGCUGUUGGUUGGAUCGUCGGGUGGUGCGAAAGUUACAGCAGCGGAUCACUGUUACACCAAAUCGUACACAGCGACAUAAAAAAAUAAUAUUACCAUUUACUGCAGAACGAAUAUAAGAUGGCUGGUGGUGGUGAUCCGAAAUGGCAGAAAGAUGCGUCGGAUCAGAAUUUCGACUACAUGUUCAAACUCCUCAUCAUUGGCAACAGUUCUGUAGGAAAAACCAGUUUUCUAUUCCGUUACGCGGAUGACUCAUUCACAUCAGCAUUCGUAUCGACGGUGGGGAUCGAUUUCAAGGUGAAGACGGUCUUUCGCCACGACAAACGCGUUAAACUUCAGAUAUGGGAUACUGCAGGACAAGAGCGUUACCGGACUAUUACAACGGCAUACUACCGAGGAGCCAUGGGUUUCAUCCUCAUGUAUGACAUCACUAAUGAGGAGAGUUUCAACAGCGUACAAGAUUGGGUGACGCAAAUAAAGACAUAUUCAUGGGACAAUGCGCAAGUGAUCCUGGUGGGCAACAAGUGCGACAUGGAAGAGGAGCGUGUGGUGAGCGCGGAGCGCGGCCGGCAGUUAGCUGAGCAACUAGGCGUCGAGUUCUACGAGACCAGUGCUAAGGAGAACAUCAAUGUUAAGUCUGUGUUCGAGCGCCUGGUGGACAUAAUAUGCGACAAAAUGUCCGAGAGCUUGGACUCUGAGCCGGCCAUGCUUGCCGGAGGGGCCCGCGGCCAGCGCCUCACGGAGCAGCCACAAGGGAACACGACCAGCAACUGCAACUGUUAAUGUACUGUCAAUUUUAACUGGGCUAUGGCUUGGGAAGGAGCUGUUGAAUCUGUAGCGUUUAGCACUCGUGGUAGACGCGGUCGUAAAACUAAUAAGUCAAUAUCAGCGUGCACAAAAUCCAA